AUGGGCAAGCUCAAGGAGCUGGUGCUCAACAACUUCAAAAGCUACAAAGGCCACCACGUCUUGCAGUUCGGCGACAGCUACUUCACUUCCAUCAUUGGGCCCAAUGGAUCGGGCAAAUCAAACUCCAUGGACGCCAUCUCCUUCGUACUCGGCAUCAAGUCUUCACACCUGCGAUCGACGCAUCUCAAAGACUUGGUGUAUCGUGGUCGCGUGCUGAAGCACUCUAAAAUCAACGCUGACGGGACUGCGACUAAUGGCGAUGCGAAUGGUGACGCCAACGGUCAUGCCGAGGCCGGCGCAUCCGACGAGGAGGAAGAUGCCGAGACGCAAACGAGUACGCAGCGUACUGAUCCGUCAUCGGCGUGGGUCAUGGCUGUCUUCGAAGACGAUGCUGGAGAAGAGCAGCGUUGGAAGCGCAGCAUCACAUCAAAUGGCCAGAGCGAGUAUCGGAUCAAUAAUAAAGUGGUGACCGCCAAGCAGUAUAAUGAAGCUCUGGAAGCGGAGAACAUCCUGAUCAAGGCUCGCAACUUUCUAGUCUUCCAGGGUGACGUCGAGUCAAUCGCCAACCAGAAUCCAAAAGACCUCACGCGUCUCAUCGAGCAGAUCAGCGGCUCCCUCGAGUACAAAGCGGACUAUGAGAGACUAAAGGCAGAGAAGGAGAAGGCCGAUGAGGAUCAGCAACACAAGCUCCACCAGCGUCGCGGUAUCAAUGGCGAGAUCAAGCAGUAUCAGCAGCAGAAGGAGGAGCUUGUUCGCUAUCAGAACUUAGAGGAUGAGAAGGAUGCGGCGGUUGUGAACCAAAUCUUGUGGAAGCUCUACCAUUUCCAGCGCAUCAUCGACAAUAGCACCGAGCAGAUUCAGAAGCACCAGGCUGAGCUCAAAGAGUUCCGACGCACAGUACAAAAGUACGACGACCAAUUGGAUAAGGCCAAGCAGGAGCAAGCGAAGGUCGGUCGCGAUGUCAGCAAGGUCGAGCGCGACGUCAAGCGAAAGGAGAAGGCAUUUGAGGAGACAGCCAACGAUCUCGUGCCGAUUGAUGAGAAGAUCUCUUUGACCGACAAGAAGCUCAAACAAGCGCAGCGUAGUGAAGCGGAAAUCAAGAGGGAUCGCGAUAAUCAAAAAGAGACUGCAGACAAGUAUGAAGCUGAUCUCGCAAAAGUACAGAAGGCGCAGAAGAGGUGGGACGACGAGUGGCGCGCUCAGCAGCAGCAAUCUGGUCGUGACUUGAGCGAGCAGGAUCUGCAGGAGUACCAACGUCUACGUGGCGAAGUAUACAAGCGAUCUGGCAGUGAUCAGAUGAAGGUUGACAAUACAUCGCUACAGCUCAAGACAGACGAGGAGACGAUCAAUAGCCAGAAGUCGAAGGUCGAAAGUACGCAGGCCCACAUUGACACACUGGAUGCCGAGAUCGCAAGCCUCAAUCAGCGCAAGUCAGACGUUGCAAAGUCUGUCAAGACUACGACCAAGGAGAUUGAUGCCAAGAAGAAAGCGAUCAACGCGACUGCAAGCGAGCGCGAGAGAACGUCUCAGAAGCACCGCGAGCUGGACGAGAAGCUGUACGAAGUACUGCAGAAGUUGUCACAAGCUCAAGACUUCGAACGAGAGUCUCGCAAAGAUGCACAACAGCGCGAGACCGUGGCUCAGCUCAAACGCAUCUUUCCCGGCGUCAAAGGGAUGAUUCAUCAGCUCUGCAAGCCUAAGCAGAAGAAGUACGAACAUGCUGUCGUCACGGCACUAGGUCGAGAGUGGGAUUCAGUCGUGGUCGAGUCGCACAAGAUCGCACAGGACUGCAUGGCAUACCUGCGUGACCAACGUAUCGCUCAGGUCAGGUUCAUCCCGCUGGACACCAUCAUCCACCAACAGCCGAAUGCAAAUCUCCGUGGUCUGCACACGGGCAUGCGGCUGGCCAUCGACACCAUCGACUUCGACAAUAAUGUCGAGAGGGCCAUGCACUUCGCCUGCGAGAACGCCAUUGUCACUGAUACCAUGAAGAUUGCCAAACACCUCUGCUAUGAGCGCAAGCUCGAAGUCAAGGCCGUGGCGCUUGACGGUACCGUCAUCCAUAAAGGUGGCAAUAUGACUGGUGGUCAGGAGCCAAGUGAUAAGAAGCGUCGUUUUGAGGAGGCUGAGGUUGACAACCUACGUACCCUAGUCGAUAAGUUCCGCGGCGACAUCGAAGCCCUUCCCAAGCCACAGAAGCGUCAAGCUGAGCAGGAGCAACUGCAGUCCGAGCUCAGCGGUCUAGAGUUGAAGCUGAAGUAUGAUCAGGAAGAACUGAAGACACUCGAGCGCAACAUCGAGUCGAAGACCAGAGAGCUUGACCACGAACACGCACAGCUAGCUGAGGCUCAGCCAAAAUUCGACGAGCAGUCGCGUGGCCUCGAGACCCUCAAAGCGCAGCUGGAGGAGUACACUUCCUCCAUCGCGGAGGUGGAGGACGAGGUGUUCGAUGCUUUCUGCAGUCGUCUGGGGUACCAGAGUAUACGCGACUACGAGAAGCAGCAUGGGUCUCAGCAGCAAGAGGCUGAGGAGAAGCGGAAUCAGUUCAUUCGGCAAAUUUCACGCUUGAACAACAGUAUUUCGUUUGAGAAGCAGCGACUGGAAGCUACGGAGAAGCGGCUGCGGCAGGCUCAGGACACUAUUCAACGUUCGAAAGAUGCCAUCGAGCAAUUGCAGCAGGAGAAGGAAGUGAUUGCUGGCGAGAUGGACGUCCUCAGCGCGGAGAUUGAUCAGCUGAGCCAGCAGCUUUCCGCUUUACGUGAGGAAUCCGAGGCUCGUGGCGAAAAGGUCAACGAAGCUCGUCGUGAAGUGCAGAAGCGGAGCAAGUCGGUCGAGAAGACGUUGAAGGAAGUCGCUGCACAUGAAGCAGAAGUGCAAAAGGCAUCAGCUGGUCGAUAUGGUGUGCUCAAGACCUGCAAACUCGAAGGUAUCGACCUGCCACUCGCGCAAGGGAGCCGCAAACCCGACGCCCUCCCGGCCGAAGAUGCCAUCGUAGCCGAAGACGAAGACGCCAUGGACGUCGACGGCGAAGAACGCGCCCCAGCAGCAAACGACUUCGGCAUCCACCUCGACUUCACCGACCUCGACGACGACCUGAAAGAAGACCCCAGCUCCCAAGCGGACACCCUGCUAACCGAAAAAAUCACCUCCCUAACUGACUCCCUCACCAAAAUGACAGUCAACACCCGCUCCGCCGACAAAUUAUCCGCCACCUCCGACCGCCUCAAAGCGACCGAACGCAGCUUCACCACCUCCCGCACCGCCGCCAAACACGCCACCGCCGCCUUCGAAGCCGUGAAGGAAACCCGUCUAGCCUUAUUCCAAAAGGCCUUCGUCCACAUCGCCGCCCAAAUCCAACCUGUAUACCGCGAUCUCACGAAAACUACCACCUUUCCGUUGGGAGGGCAAGCGAGUCUCGACCUCGAAGACGACGAGGAGCCUUAUCUGCAGGGGAUAAAAUACCACGCCAUGCCGCCCCUGAAACGCUUCCGCGACAUGGAGCAUUUGUCCGGCGGGGAGAAAACCAUGGCUGCUCUCGCCCUCCUCUUCGCUGUGCAUACGUUCGCGCCAAGCCCCUUUUUUGUCCUGGAUGAGGUGGAUGCCGCGUUGGAUAAUGCGAAUACGUGGCAGCUGGCGCAGUAUGUGCGGGAGCAUGCGGGGCCGGGGAUGCAGUUUGUGGUUAUUUCAUUGAAGACGGGCUUGUUUCAGUGUUCGGAGACGUUGGUGGGGGUUAUGCGGGAUCAAGGGGGGAAUAGUUCGAGGGCUUUGACGUUGGAUUUGCGGAAGUACCAGGCCGUCUGA